UCUCCACUGUACCCCCCUAAAACCUCUAACCCUCUUAUAGAUUUUCACCAUAAGACAGAACGCUUAUACUCUAGAAGACUCUAAACUACUAGAAUUUGUAGAAGGGGUCAAGACAGAGGGCAAGGGAGAAGAGGUGCUGAAGAUGUUGGUGAUGGAUGAAGUGGGGUAUGGGGGAUAUGAUGUGGACAGAUGUGAAGAGGUGUAUGCAGAGAUGGGAGAGGGGAUGGUGAUGGUGUAUUUGUUUAAGAUAUUUGAGGAAGAAGGGAAUUUGCAGAGGUCGAAGGAGAUUUUUGAUGCUGUGUUUUUGCAGAAGGAUUCUGAGGAGAAUAGGUUUGUGAAGAUUAGUAUUUUGGGGAAUCUAAGGGCGGAUAAUGUUGAUGUGUAUGAGGAUGGGUGUCAGAGUGUGGUUUCGCAGAUUGAUUCUUUAGCAGAGUCUCAAGAGUUUUCGAAGGAAGAAACUCUUGAGAUAGAAUACCUUAAGCUCAAGCUUGUGGCUGAAUACAAGAGCGUGUAUGAUACUAAAGAAGGUAUUUGCUCAAUGGUAGACUUAACUGAAUUUGCUUUAAAUUCUGAGAAUCCUUACUAUAUUCUCAAUGCUUGUAAGCUAUUACCAAAGUUCAUUAAUGAUAACACUGAGAGAGUAAAAGAUCUCAUCAAACAGAUAAAGGAGGUCCUUUCAAAACUAAUACCUGAUUUGAAAAUAGAUGAGCAUGUUAAGUUUUAUCAUGCACAAGUUCUAGAUAUCCUUCUUCUGCUUCAAGAAGACAAACCUCUGGAAAUUGUAAAGAAGAUUAUGCCACUCUUAAAGCUAAUUAAUGAUUCAAAAAUGGACUUUAGUAAAGAGAUCAAGUUCAAGAUUACCCUAAACACGUACCUAUUCUCAAGCAAUCCUAUGGGAGCCAACAGUGAGGAGAUAAUGAAGAUAAAGAACUCAUUUCUGAAUUAUUUGAAGUAUUUAGACACAGAGAAAGCCUAUAUGAUCCAUUAUAUUGGUGUUGACAUCUUUAAUAUCCUGGAACAAGUCUUUGGACUUGUGGGUGUCUCAUUUGACUCUAGUAAGAAAUUUGAUCUGGAGAAAUUUUACCGAGACUAUGGUAAAACAUAUGUCUUCUUCAUUUCUCAUCUCGAGGUUUGUCAAGGAGAUCAAUUUGAAGAAAUCUUUCCAAGAGCAAUUGAAUAUGCUCAAGAAGCAGGAUUUGAAGAGUACCAUUCAUAUACUCUUUCAUUAAAAUUACAAAAGCUUACAUUUGAACUUGGAAAAUGUAGCCACGAGAUGUUGGAGCCAAUGGCUCAGGAAAUAAUAAAACACGUUGAAUCUUUUAAAAAGGUUCCAAAACUUUCAAAAGCUAUUGUAGAGAGAUGCCAACAAAGUUACGGAGUACUUGUAAAUCUACUAUCUCUUAUGAAUAAACUUGAGCAAUGGAGUAAAUAUGCUUACGAAUAUCUAACCUUCUCGUUAGAAAUAGGCGCAAUUCUCCCAGAUAUGCCUUCUCUUCUAAAUAAAUUGAUGAUUCAUUUUACAUCAAACCACGAGAUUACUCGAGGAACAAAGCUAGUCCAGAUGUGGGUCAAACAUCACCAUCCUGGACCUGAUGAAAAGCUUACAAUGGAAUUUUACGAAGCUCUAUUGACCUGCCAAAAGUUUUAUCAAAGCAUUGACAACAAAAGAAUGCUCAGACAUUUCUCUCUAAUAACUCAUAAAUGAGCUAUUGACUUAUUUGGAGAAACAUCUUCACAAGUAUUCGAAUCCUUAAUGAACAUUUCUGUCAUAAAUAUUGAGGAAAAACAGUUUGAAGAAGCCUUUAGCUCUUUGCAGCAAUGUGAACAACUCUCGGAGACCCUCUUCAGAUCCUCUACUAAUCCUAAGACUCCAGCUAUUCUUGGCUUGAUGGCAAGAGCCAAGUAUGAAUCAGGUGUCCAAAUUGCACUACAUGCUCCUUCAACCCCCUCUACACCCAACUCAGGACCUCAAGCCUAUAAAAACUGCAUUAAAGAAGCAAAAGAGGUUCUAGAAAGAGCUCUUGAGGCAGAAGAGAAGGUCAAUUCGAAGACUUCACAGUAUUACAAAGAGCUUUUCUCAUUCAAAGAGAAGAUUUGUGGAAAGCAGGAUAAAUCACAAAGAAAGGGACUCAAAAAAGACAACCCAAAGAAGCAAACAUUGUUAGAAAGAUAUUUGCCUAAUAAUCCUCUCCAAGUGGGAAUAAUCCUAGCCACUAUUUCCGUAAUAGGAGGCACAAUUUACCUGGCAAAAAGAAGAAAAGAUUAGUA